UUACAGACCCUCCUAUACCUAUCUGGAGGUUUACAUAGAUGCUAGGAAAGUCCAUUUUUGUUACUUUGCUUCUCAAAUAUCUUACCCCGCGUGUCUGUAUCGACGUUGAAUUCCAGACACUUAAGAUUUCUGUUCACCGGUGAUUAGUGACAGAAGGAAAGGAAUUAAGAUCAAUCAGAAAUGAAUUGUUUUCAUUUAGAUGACUUCCUUGCAGGGUGGAUUGGAGGAGCUUCCAGUGUUAUUGUGGGUCAUCCGCUGGACACAGUCAAGACUCGUUUACAAGCUGGGAAAGGAUACAAGAACACCCUUCACUGUGUCCUCCAAAUCUACAGAAAGGAAACUGUGGCUGGCUUCUUCAAGGGUCUCUCCUUCCCGCUGGCCAGCAUCACCGUGUAUAACUCAGUGGUGUUUGGGUUCUUCAACAACACACAGAGGGUUAUUAGCAAGUUCCGCCAUGGUGACGAGAGGCAGCCGUGUGGCAUGCUGGACCUGACCCUGGCCAGCAUGUUGACAGGGCUGAUGUCAGUGGGACUCGGAGCGCCGGUCGACCUGGUUAAGAUCCGACUGCAGAUGCAGACUCUUCCCUGUUUAGCAGAGAACCUGAACCUCGCAGGGACGACCGGAAACGUGAACGGUAACAUCGCCGUGCGCUCCAUGACUCUCCAGGGCCAGCCGACCUACAGAGGGCCCAUCCACUGCAUCAGCUCCAUACUGCGGACUGAGGGGAUCCGGGGGCUUUACAGAGGAGCCGGGGCCAUGGUCCUGAGAGACGUCCCUGGGUACACGCUGUACUUCAUCCCCUACGCGUUGUUCCGUCGCUGGCUAUCCUCUGAAGGGAGGUCAUCACCUCAUCCCUGUUCUAUAUGGGUGUCUGGAGGACUGGCAGCUUCUAUCUCGUGGGCUACUCCAGCUGACGUGGUUCUGUCUACAGCUUCUAUCUCGUGGGCUACUCCAGCUGACGUGGUUCUGUCUACAGCUUCUAUCUCGUGGGUCACGGCUACUCCAGCUGACGUGGUUCUGUCUACAGCUUCUAUCUCGUGGGUCACGGCUACUCCAGCUGACGUGGUUCUGUCUACAGGUUCUAUCUCGUGGGUCACGGCUACUCCAGCUGACGUGGUUCUGUCUACAGCUUCUAUCUCGUGGGUCACGGCUACUCCAGCUGACGUGGUUCUGUCUACAGGUUCUAUCUCGUGGGUCACGGCUACUCCAGCAGACGUGGUGAAGAGCAGACUACAGGCUGACGCUCUCCACGCUAGGAAAUACAGAGGGAUUGUCCACUGCAUCGUCCAGAGCUACAAGACCGAGGGGAUACAUGUCUUCUUCCGCGGAGCCUCAGUGAACGCUAUCCGAGGCUUCCCAAUGAGUGCCACCAUGUUUCUGGGCUAUGAACUCUCUCUGCAGUUCUUCAGGGGUCUCUAGUGUCUACACCAGGAAUAUGAUACAGUGCAGUAUGUCCACUGAAUGACACGUUAUCUUGACAGCUAUCCUCUUGUCCUUGAACGCCCCCCAAAGGCUUUCACCUGGAAGAUCAUUUAAAUCCUUGCAAAAAGAAAGUGGGGAGCAACUUGACUUGACAUUUUCUAGUUGAGAAUUAUCUCCACUAUUGCCAUAAUACAAUGUAUUUGUAAAGUCUAAAUACACAUUUCUUAUGUUAAGAAAAUAUCUUAUUAAAAGUGCCAUACAUGAAUUCACAAAUGCAUACAUUUGAAAUAUGUUGUGCUAUAAUAGUAACCGUAUGUUUAAUGUUUUUAGCUGUACUACAUAAAUUAACUAGUUAUUAGUACCCAACAGUUAACCAGUUCUAACCUCAGUAAUGAGGCGCACAUUAAUCAAUAUAUUAUAUGUUGGUGCCAGGCUUUUAAGUUGUAUUUUUUAAAAGUGUUUUAUCUUUGUUAAUAAGUAUAAGAGAAAUUAAAUGUAAUUCCACAAGGAGGCGUAUAUUAUAAUUUUUUUGUGCAUAAUUUGUAUUUAAGGUUAUUUUAAUGUGAGUUUAUUUGGAAUUCUUGUUAGACUGUUUCUGUACAGUUUUACUUGGAAAACCUAAUAAACGUAUUGUUAAAAUCUA